AUGUUGGGACGGUCGUGGACUUGGGUGCAUUCUAUUUCCAUUGUGCUUGUCGGGUGUGCGCUUGCGAACCCAACUCAGCAUUCCAUACAGUCGGAUCGCGCGACGAUACCGGAGUCAAUAUGCCCGGCGAAGAGUCUAUGGGAGAUUGAGGCUGAGCCUUUCCAGUCGCAUAUCUGUCCGGAGACUCGAUGGGGACGGUAUCAGAUUCACAAUGCGACGCCAGAAGCUGGAGCUACGCCUGUGGUAGAAUCUAUUGCGUCUAAAGGGACGGUAGGGAUGGUCCCAGGACAAACGGAGCAAGAGCAGGAUACAGAUUCGCUGCUUGACAGUGCGAGUUUCCUUUCAUUUGAGGAUUGGAAGAAGCAGAAUCUUGCUAAUGCGGGCCAAUCUGCUGAGAAUGUUGGAGCGAGUAGACGGGCUGCGGCGGCUGGGAAAGAAGGUCGGAGACAGCCUGGGAUCAAUAACGCGCUGGACUCAUUAGGAGAUGAUGGGGAGAUUGAAUUGGAUUUCGGUGGGUUUGGGGCUGAGACGCCCGAGGCAAGUCCUACGGCUUGGGGUACGCCUAUUUCGUCACCGUAUGUGGAUGGAGCGGGGGAUGAGGGAGAUGAACGUGUUCCGCUCAUCAAGAAAGAUGUUCGGCGUCGUAAGGAUGCUGGUACGACUUGCAAAGAGCGCUUUAACUAUGCGUCUUUUGAUUGUGCGGCUACGGUGCUCAAGACGAAUUCUGAGUGCAAGGGGUCCUCUUCUGUGCUGCUUGAGAACAAAGACAGCUACAUGUUGAAUGAGUGUCGUGCCCAGAACAAGUUUUUGAUUCUGGAGCUGUGCGAUGAUAUCCUCGUCGAUACGGUCGUUUUGGCAAACUAUGAGUUUUUCAGUUCGAUAUUUCACACUUUCAGAGUCAGUGUUUCGGACCGCUAUCCCGCCAAACCGGACCAGUGGAAGGAGUUGGGCGUGUAUGAGGCUAGGAACACGCGAGAGGUACAGGCCUUCGCCGUUGAGAAUUCCCUUAUCUGGGCUCGGUAUCUGCGGAUCGAAUUCUUAACGCACUAUGGCCAUGAGUUCUUCUGUCCUGUCAGUCUUAUUCGUGUGCAUGGAACUACCAUGAUGGAAGAGUAUAAGCACGAUGAGAGUGGCCGGGUGGACGAUGAAGAGGUCGUGGAUCCCGUUCAGAUUGGCGAGCUUCCCGGAGAUACACAGGCGGAGAAAGCUCAGCCUCCAGUUGUAGAGGCUCUGAUUGAAGAAAAGCCUCAAGAGAUGUGCCCCAAUCAUCUCACCCAAGUGGAAGCAAUCCUACUUGGUCUGGUCCACGGACCUGCAAAUACGUGUGGUAUCAAUGAUAUUCCAGCGAAACCUACUCCAGAAAGAACUGCUACCAAGGACCAGCCGGAUUCGCCGCCAAUCGUGAAUCCGACAUCUACAGCAGGAGACGGCGUUCCUGCGACUCAAUCCGGAUCAUCCACGCCACCCAAGGCCGAAGAUGCUCGGAAGCCAGGCGAAUCACCCAAAAACGUGGCAACGCCACCCGAUGCUUCAACUGUCCCGGGAGAGCCUGUACAGCAAGAUUCCGCCGUUGAAUACACGAACCAACCGUCAACGAAACCCAAGGAGGAACAAAAUAGUGUACCCCCAGAGUCAACUCGACCUACAUCUACACAACCGCCGCCUUCAAACCCGACAACCCAAGAGUCAUUCUUCAAAUCCGUUCACAAGCGACUACAAAUGCUUGAAUCUAAUUCGACUCUAUCCUUGCUCUAUAUUGAGGAGCAAUCUCGAAUUCUUCGGGAUGCCUUCAACAAGGUUGAGAAACGACAGCUCUCGAAGACAUCCAACUUCCUCGAGAACCUGAACGUCACCGUUCUCAACGAGCUGAAGGAGUUCCGAGAACAAUACGACCAUGUUUGGAAAUCCGUUGCCUUUGAAUUUGAGCACCAACGCAUACGCUAUCAGCAAGAGGUGACUUCCAUCAGUUCCCAGCUGGGUGUGUUAGCCGAUGAGCUGGUCUUCCAGAAACGUGUGACAGUCAUCCAGAGUAUCAUGGUCCUAUGCUGCUUUGCGCUUGUACUGUUCUCACGUGGGUCCGUUAGCAAUUACAUGGAAUUCCCACGCGUUCAGCGCAUGGUCAAUCGGUCCUACAGCCUACGAUCCUCCUCCCCAAUCUUUGCCUCACCCUCGGCCAGUCCUGGAUCCACACGACCAGCCUCCUCACACCGCGAAAGUGGCCACCGGCGGAACCUUUCGGAUAGCUCCUCAUCCCAAGAAGACAGUCCGACUAGCCCGAGAGUGCAAUACAUUCCGCCGACUCCGACAUCCGAUGUCUCGCAGGAGGUCGAGAUGGAGGAUGAAAAAGCCGACCGGCCAGCUUCCCCCGACUCAAUGACUGUGCCCACACUCGGGACGCCUCAAUUCCGGUCCCGUAGUACUCCGCCCGUCAUAGGCGGUCAUAUGACAGAUCUCGGUCUGGAAGGGGCCAUCGAGAACAACGCUCUGCUGGAACCCAAAUCCCCCGAGGCUGACGAUCGACCCACCAUGUCAUGA